UAACCAUAAUCGUCUCCCCCCAUACCACCAAUUUCCUGCUUCAGCUUUUUAGAGAAGAAAAAUGGAAGCAACGUCGUUCACCUCCUCUUCUUUCGCCACCAGCUCUCUACUUUAUCCGCCGCUUCUCCGUCCUCAAAGUCUCGAUCACAGGGGUCUGUCUUCGGUUACAGUGAAUCCCCGGCGAUGUAGAAUCGCAGUUGCCCGCAAGAAUUUGAGUUUCCGCAUAAAGGCGGUUCUGAGAGGAAAAACGGAGGCAACCGGAGUUCCAACUUCGGUUCCAGUGAGGGUCGCGAACGAGCUUCUUCAAGCCGGGCACCGCUACUUGGAUGUCAGAACCCCGGAAGAGUUCAGUGCUGGACAUGCCGCUGGGGCUAUUAAUGUACCUUACAUGUACAAACUCGGAACAGGGAUGAUAAAGAACCCGGAUUUCCUGAAGGAGGUGUCAUCACAUUUUGGAAAAUAUGAUGAAAUCAUUGUUGGCUGUCAGAGUGGUAAGAGGUCUAUGAUGGCUGCGACCGAUCUUGUAGCCUCUGGUUUUACUGGUGUUACUGAUAUUGCGGGUGGAUUUGCGGCCUGGAAGCAGAACGGACUUCCAACAGAGUGAUGUCAUUGAUGCAAGGCUUGGUAGAAAUUACGGACGCCAAUAUAAUAAAGUCACAGCCACAGACAAAAUCUAAGAAAAGUGACUUAAGACUUAAGAGGGACCAUGUACGACGAGCAAAAAGAGGAAAUGUAUGAGAAUGGACUUUGUAAACUUUGUAAAUAAAACCUCUUUUCUUGUUUGAUCUGUGCAGAUCACAAUUGUUCUUGAACAUAUGGCUCAAAAAUGAGCUUUUGACAUUCUGUUCACAGAGAAUAGAAUAAGACUAAGGGAAAAUGAAAAUAUGGUGAAUGUCAGUUUGGGCCAACCAAUGAUCUGAAUUAAGGCUUUUAGAUGGG